UCCGCUCUCACCACUUCACUCCCCCGUUAGAUCUCUUCUGGACGGACUUGACUAAGGGUUUCAAUGGCGUCGGUGUCUGAUCUCAACGGAAUUCAAGUCGAGAAUGUGAAAUUUCCGGAGCAAAUCAAGCCUCCGGCCUCUGCUAAGACUCUAUUCCUCGGCGGUGCAGGAGUUAGGGAGUUGGAGGUCGAAGGAAACUCCGUGAAAUUUACUGCGAUCGGCGUUUACUUGGAGAAGGAUGCUUUGCCAUUGCUUGCCGGUAAGUGGAAAGGGAAGAGUGCGGCGGAGUUGAUGGAUUCUGAUGAGUUCUUCAGGGACAUUGUCACUGGUCCUUUCGAGAAAUUCACAAAUGUUACAAUGAUACGGCCACUUACGGGUCAGCAAUACGCGGAGAAAGUUGCAGAGAACUGUGAAGCAGCUUGGAAAUCCAUGGGAAUGUAUACUGAGGAAGGAGCCGAAGCCAUUAAAAAGUUCAUUGAUGCCUUCAAGAGCGAAACGUUCCCUGCUGGCUCUUCCAUUCUUUUCACCCACUUGCCUCCAAACACUUUAUCGAUUAGCUUCUCAAAGGAUGGGAGCAUUCCUGAACAAAAAGAAGGGAUGGCGACAAUAGAGAGCAAGCUGCUAUCUGAAUCUGUAUUGGCGUCCAUUAUUUGUAAGGAUGGAGUUUCACCAGCGGCUAGGCUUAGUUUGGCAACCAGAUUCUCCCAAUUCUCGAACAACAUUUAAACCAAGCAGCCUCGAUAUCAGAAUAACAGACCCCUCCUCUUCCCUCUCCACAGUUUUUGUUGUUUUUUUCUUCUCUCUAUCUCCAAAAUAUUAUAAGAAAUAAACUAUAAUUUAGCCUCU